GUAGAACACAAUUACACAUGAAUAUUCGAGAAGGGAAAAGAGCCCUUUUCUCCCUACUCCGUUCCAUUGUGUACGAAACUCGACAACAAAGGUACGUUCUAUAUACAUAUUAGAAGAGGAAGCGGCAAGAGCUUUUUGUGUGUUUCACAGCAUCGCGCUUUCUUUGCACUUCACUGCCUGUACCAGCUGAUUCCCCAAAUAUACAUCUUUCUAUAACUAGAGUGCCAAACUGAACUACAAGAACAAAACGUGCGCUGAAUUCAGGUUAGCUCCGUCCACGUCUGUUCUCUUCAGCUUCUUUUUAUUUUAGUAUUCUUUUUAACCAUCGGAGGCGACAAAUAUACGGCUUCUCGCCCUUUGGGAGACCUACUCGUUCUGUUCCUUUUACGAUGUUCUUCAUUUACCCAACACCACAGUAUCCACGCAGGAAGCUGGAGUACGUGUUCAAGAGUCUGUACCUGAUCGCCAAUCUAGUCCACGUUACCAGUUUAGUCGUUCUCAUGUCGGACUUCUACACCCGGCUGAGCAACUCCAUGCCGGAGUACUACCGACAGACCGACCUCGUCAUCUCUGACUCCAUCACGUUAGUUAUGCAGAACUGCGUGUACAAUGGCUCAAUCCACCUCGGCAACGUGCGAGGCUCCGUCCAGGUGACCAUCGGCAACAUCGGCUACGGUCUCAUGACGACAGCGCAGUACGUCACGGGUCUCUUUGUGCUAGAGUUUCUUCUGCUUGUGAACAAUUGCUUUGUUGCGUUGAACUACUCCAAAGGAAACCGCCACCUCCGCCUGUUUGGCGUGCACGUCCCCCUUUACCACAUCACGGUGAUGAUGACCCAGGUGUACUGUAUCGCGAUUUGCGUGGUGAUGUGGUCCUUCGACGGCAACCGCCGCUUCUUCCAGAGUGCGCUGAAGUACUGUGCGGCAGAGAUGCGCCGGAGCAACUACGAGCAGCUGCUCUCCUCAGAGUUUGACGAUUACACCAUCUUCUCCACCGCGGUCUAUUGGCCCUUUGCCGCAACGUGUGUGUCGGAGAUGAUCUACUUCAGCGCCGCCAUCGUCCUCUGCUGGUUCUCCGAGGACGAUGCAAUUAUUUUGCUCUCCGAGGCAGACGCGCCGUGGGAGUCGCGCGGCGUCCUGUGCAACACGUAUAAGCCGCUGCUGAAGCUGCACACUGCCCAACGCAACGCCAUCAUCGAAGACGCUCGCAACGCGAUUAAAGAGGGCCAGAAGGUGCGCAUUGUCCGCUCCUAUCAACUGAUGACCGAGGAGGACUUCGAGGCCCUGGUGCAAGCGAUGCGAGAGCAGGUAGCGAAGGCUCUCAAAGAGAAGCAGUUUGAGAAGCUGAAGGAGAACUUCGGCGACCACGAAUCACAGAUCGACAACAUGGGUUUUGCAUGGAGGGAAAACAUGAUGGUACCGCCACCGGUCGACGAGGAAGACGGGGUGCUCGGCAGCGGCCAAGACGGCGGUCCAGCGGAUCAGUUCUUCGACGUGCCUUUUGACGAAUACUUCACUGACAAUGAGAUGAACGAAAACGCACGGGAUCAGCUCGGCGGCGGAGGCGGGAACGGACCCGACACCGUCUACAACGACGACCAACUGCUGUUCGACCCGGCUUACGGUCCGGAUGGCAACGGCGGCGGCUAUUACAACGACAAUGCCGGCUACGGGUUUGACGGCGACGACGCGGUUGGCACGCAGGACGCCUGGACACCGCAGGAGGGCGAGUACCCCGUGAUGGACGGUCAGGCAGAGCCAAACAACGAAGUCUACGACCCCGAGCCGGCCUCGCGCAUCUCGCACAGCCACCAUCGCCGUCGCCAUCGACACAGCCGCACCCGCGACGAUGUCAAUGCGCGCGACGCAGAGGACGACUACGGAAUGGAGCCGGAUCCACGCCUGCCCCCGCCGGGACAGCGCGGGUACGAUGACGGGAACCUCGACGCUAGUGGCGGCGGUGGCGCUUUCAACAGCGGCCCCGCGUAUUACGACACGAAUGAUGACAUGAUGAUGUACGGCGGUGGCGGCGGUGCUAGCAGGGGCGGCUACAACCCUAGAAGUCAAGGAGGUGGAGGGGGGGACAGACCAAACUACGGCACAAAUGGGCAAGAAGGCCAACGACAGCGCUCCAACCGUGGUAGACAGGCCGGUGUGGAGCAGAACGACGAAGAGGCAGACGAACUCUCGGACGCCUUCGGCCACUAA